AUGAUAUUCAAAAAAAAACUCUUAUUAAUUAUUAAUUUAUUCAUCUUAUGCGUAUAUUUAAAUUUUCACCACGUUGAUUCAAAAAUAAAUAAAAUAAAAUAUAACAAUGAUGAUCUUAUAAACAAUUACGUUGACAUCCCAAUUUCCUACUCGAAUUAUAAUGCGGAAAAUGUAGAGAAUGCGGAAAAUGCUGAGAAUGUGGAAAAUGCUGAGAAUGCGGAAAAUGCGGAAAAUGGGGAAAAUGCUGAGAAUGGCCGAGAAGGAAGCCCGAGCCAAGGGUAUGAACCAGGCCAGUUAUUUGAAACGCCAUUAAAUAUUAGGAAAAUGUUUAAAAACCAAAUGAGUAUGAACAGAUGGAAUAAUAUUUUCAGCUUUUUCAAAAAUAAUAGAGUAAACAAAUUUAAAGGAAGCAAAAAUCAAUUUUUAAAUGAAAUACAGAAUAGUUAUGCUUAUAGAAACGGAUUAUAUUUUAGUGCAACGAAUGUUGGUGAAUAUAAUAAAAAAGUUGAUAGCAAUAAAUAUUCUACUAUAAAUUUACCAGAAAAUACUAUGGUUUUAGUUGUAACAGGAAAUAAAUUAUUUUUACAAAACUUAAUAUAUUCUGUUAAUAAAGAAAACGCAAUUAAACAAAAAUUUAUAUAUACAAUGAAUAAAAUAAUAAAAAAUUUAAAAAAAAAAAUAUAUUUUAAAAAUUAUAAUUAUCAAUAUUUAUAUAAAAAUGAUUCAUUUGCUAAUGAUGAUACAAAAAAAAUAAUUGAUAUAGAUUUAUUAGGUGAAUUAUCCAAUAUAACACAAACAAUAUAUGUUGAUGACCAUAAAAUAAAUAUGCAUAAAAUAUAUGGUGGAUGGUUUCAUUUCUUGGGUAUAUUAGUAAUUAAUGGAUAUGAUUAUCAAAUUCAAAAUGAUGUAAAAUUUAAUGAUAUACUUGGAGAAAAAUCGAAUGAUCCUGUACCAUCACAUUUAUUACCUAAAUUUAAAAAUUUAUUUUCUAAAAAAAAUACAAAAGAAUAUAAAAAUGGAUAUUUAUUAGGUCUUUGGAGAGAUUUCCCAAACAAUAAAUUUGUAAAUUGGAGAUAUUCUCUUGAAUUAUUUUUAUGGGAUAUGUUAGGGGUUCUACCUCAUGAAUUGCCACAUCCAUCUAAUCUAAUUAUUAGCUAUAACAAAUAUGAUGACGAGAUAGAAGCAGCUCACGAGGUAGAAGCGGCUCACGAGGUAGAAGCGGCUCACGAGGUAGAAGCAGCUCACGAUGUAGAAGCGGUUCACGAUGUAGAAGCGGUUCACGAUGUAGAAGCAGCUCACGAGAUGGAAGAUAAUAAUGGCGACAUCGAACACAAUUGGCAUAAAAUAGUUAUGAAUAAAAUAGCAUCUUACAAAGGGUUUGAUGUCAGUAUUGUUUCUGCACAAGAUUAUAUGAAAUAUAGUGGAUAUGAUAAUGAACUAUUAUCUAAAUAUUAUAAUUUAAAAAAUGAAAAAGAUUAUAUAUUUCUAAUAAUUUUAAAUAAAGAUUUUUUUAUAGACGAAUUUGUUAAGAGUCAAAAUUAUAGCAUAAGCAAACAAAAUUAUUUUGAAAAAAUAUUAAAAAAAAUAACAGAUGAUGUAGUUAAAGUGUUAGAACAGGUUAAAAAUAAAUUGUUUCCAAAUAAUGAUGAUGUUAAACCAAUUGUAUCAGUAUAUAAUUAUUUAAAAAAUUUUAAAAAUAAUUCAGAAAAAAUAAAUCCACAUAUUUUAGGAGAAAUUGCAGGAAUAACAAAAUAUCUAAAAUGCGAAAAUUUAUUAGAAUCAUCUAAUACAUGUACUAAAGAUAUUUCUAUUCAUCAUAAAUAUGGUGGAUGGUUUGAAUUUGGAGGUGCUAUAUAUGUUAAAAAUGUAAAUAAUGUUGAUAUUUCAUAUGAACAUAGAAAUGAUAAUGAACCUAUAAUUAAACAAAAAUAUGAACAAGCAAUAUUAUCACAAGCUAAUUCAAAUUAUUCAAGUGCUGGAUUAUGGAGAGAUAUACCAGAAAAAAAUAUGACUCUAUAUAGAUAUCCAUUAGAAGUGUUUGCUUUAGAAAACCCUGAAUUAAAUAUUUUAAAUUUAAGAGAUAUACAUCCAUUUAUUGCAAUCAACAUUUUAAAAAAAGGAAUCAAUUCUCUACAAUCUUUCGAAGAAAUUACAUUACACGAUUCAGAUCAAAUUAUGGCUACCUCAUUUUCUUCUACAAAUAGCAAUUCAAUUGCGUCGUCCAAUGGUGAUAGUGCUGAAAAGGUUGGAAAUGCUGAAAAUGCUGAAAAUGGUGAAAAGGUUGGAAAUGGUGAUAGUGCUGAUAAUGACGAUAAUGAUGACGACGCAUUUAUUAUUAACGAAAAUGUUGAUGUACAUGACAAUGCUGAUGAAGAUAAUGAAUAUGCAAACCCUUCUAAUGGCCAAGAUGAUGGAAUAUAUAUAGAAAUUGAUCAUGGAAUUACUAAAAAAAAUGAAGAUAAAGAAACCUUAGAUUUAAUAACUAAUAGAAAUUUAUUUAAUACAAACACAAGUGAUAUGGUCACUGGAAAUCCAUUUUUUUCUAAUAAUAAGCAUCAAAGUUUUAUUGACAAUUUUAAGUAUAUAUCAAAAACAAUCAGUAAUGAUAAACCAUUUAUAAAUGAGGAUGAUGAUGAUGCAUAUGUUGAAAUGGAAGAAGAAGAUAUGGAUCCACGACUUAUUAUUCACAAUAAUAAAUAUUUUAAAAAUAACAAUGAUUAUUUUAAAAAUAAACAAGAACCCGUUAUUAAUAGCCAAAAUAAACAAGAACCCGUUAUUAAUAGCCAAAAUAAACAAGAACCCGUUAUUAAUAGCCAAAAUAAACAAGAACCCAUUAUUAAUAACCAAAUUUAUAUGAUCUUGAUAGUUUGUAUUAUAUUUCUAUUUAUAGCUCUUUUGGCUUUAAUAGGAUCUAUAAUAUAUAAUUUAUUAAAAAAAAAAAAAUCAUUAGAUAAUAAUCGAGGAGUUGCAUUGUCCUUAAAAGAAAAAGGGGUUAUCCCUGUUGCUCAAGGAUUGCCCACCCCUUGGCUAAAUGCUUAA